AUGUCCCCGAUGCCAGUCAUAGAUCCUCAAAACCCCUUCUACUGCCCUGCCGUACCUGCCGACAUAUACAUGCAAGAUCUGCGCUUUCAGCUGUCUUCAAACCCAUGGAAAUUCUCCCUCGGUCUUUACGAAGACUCUAAAACUGGCGGCGAUGUCCUACUGUCCUUCCCUGUGCGCUUAAACGACGCUCUCGGCGCGGAUGAUGACGACGCCGACACCGACCCCACACCUGCACUACGGUCGAAUCUCGCGCCCAAGAAUCCCGCAUAUAUGCUAGCCCGACGGAAUCGCACACAGCUCUGGGUUCCUGGGGACACGCUCUACGAGAAAUCUCGCUCGUUCUCGCCUGCUGGGGCUCUUGACUUGUCUGCCGACUACGAUCUCUCUCCUGGUCGAUCUCCUGUGGACUCGCCGCCGGCCUCUGCUCUGCGCGGUCCCCCGCUACGUGGCCUGUCUCCCAUCAGCCUCAAUGACGAGAGUUUCGCUUUAAGCGGGAAGGCGGAUCGACUACGAUUCUCCAUGCACGGGCAUGCUUUCGUAUCUCCCGACGACCCAAAAGCACAUGGAGUCAUGAAUGCUUCUGAACAUGUAAGACUCCCCGAUUGGGUCGGUUCGGAAACUCCCCGAAGCCUCGCCAUACUUGUCGCGUUCCUGGAAAGUAUCCUGCCUGGACUCAAACUCCAAGAGAAGCUCGAAGGAAUCGAGACUACCCAUCAAAACAUCGCAGACGUCCUCGCUGUCGAAGGACGCCUGACAGCGCGAGUGCUGGGCUUGUUCCGCACAUCCGAGGUCGAAUGCCUUGAUCUCGUCGGUUCGAUGACCGACGAAGGAGGUCUCAAUCUCGGGGCGCAUGAUAUCCUCCGUACCCUCUCGCUCCCAGACGGCUUCCACUUCUUGCAAGAGCUCAACUUCUCUGGCGCGGUCCUCGACGACGCCGACGUGCUGUUCUUCAACCGUCUACCGCGUCUGUUGAGGCUGUGGCUGAACAAUACGGGCAUCAGCAAUGAAGCGGUGUACCACCUCGUCGCCCUCAAACGAACGCUGGAAGAAGUGGACCUGUCCCACAAUCCCCGCGUUGACGACGACGCCAUACCUGCCCUCCUGACCCUUCGCAAGCUGCAGUUCCUCUCGCUCGUGGAGACGAACGUCACCAUGGUCGGGAUGCGGCGUCUUGCGCUGGAGUCGAACGCAGGCACCGAAUCCGAGGAUGACAGACGGCUAUAUGUCGAGGCCCCGCGCGUAGUCGAAGACUAUCUGGACGACCUCGAUGCCAAGUACCUCGUAAACCCGGAACCACCGCUGAUCGUCUCUUCGGCCGUGGUGCCGCAAUUGUCGGCUGGAGCCAUCAAGCGGAACCUCGCUGCGCACGGGGUAUGCAACCCCAGCAUCUCCGCGAGCGGGACGAAAGAAGAGAUGGCCGAACGCCUGGCUCGCAUCCUGCGGGCGCGGGAGGGGGAUCUGGCGGUGCAAGGCUUGCUUGGGGAGACCUGA